AUGAUCAUGGGAAAGAUUUUGGAGAAGCUUGGGAUCUGCAAUGAUUUAACCAUAUUGCGAAUAGUGCUCGAUGGGAUACCCCCAUGGAGAGAUUCCAAACUGCUCAUCAAGGAUCUCACAGUAGAUGAGGUACCCCUGAGGAUUUAUCAGCCCAAAUGUCCACCCACUGGCAAAAGAAGAGGAAUUCUGUAUUUUCAUGGAGGCGCUGGCACAUUCGGGAGCAUUAGAGCCUUUGAAAGAGUGUGCCGCUAUAUGGCCAAAAAAUGCAACUCAGUGGUUGUGUCUGUUGGGUACCGUUUGGCUCCUGAACAUCCCUACCCAGGGCAAUAUUCUGACUGUCUCAAUGCCACCUUAUACUUCAUGAGGAAUUUAGAAGAGUAUCACGUGGAUCCUGGUCUCAUCAUCAUUAGUGGUGACAGCUGUGGAGCUAAUUUUGCUACAGUUACUUGCCAAACACUGCUAAAUUACAGAAAUCUGCCAAAAGUACGUGCUCAGGUCCUACUUUAUCCAGGACUCCAGGGACUGGAUUUCCAAUUGCCCUCCUACCAGCAGAACGCCUUCGUCCCCAUGUUGACCUGGAAGAUGAUCAUCUACUUCUGUUUUCGUUACCUUAACAGAAAACCCACACUUUGGAAAGAUGUUCAACAAAACUGUCAUGUUCCUGAGAGUAUGAAACUCAGGUAUAAAAAAUGGGUAAGUGCUGACCUUAUUCCCGAUGAAUUUAAGAUUAGAGGCUAUGUACCACCAAAACCCACAUCAUAUAAACAUGAAGUCCAUGAAACUGUCAAAGAAAUUUUAGAAAUAACAUUUUCCCCGCUUUUAGCUGAAGAUUCCAUUAUUUGCCAGCUCCCUGAGUCCUACAUUGUGACCUGUGAGUUUGAUGUGUUGAGGGAUGAUGGUCUGUUGUACAAGAAGAGACUAGAGGACAAUGGUGUUCAAGUGACCUGGUAUCACUGUGAGAAUGGUUUCCACGGAUUGUUAGCCUUUUUUGGCUAUGGAAUUUUUUCCUUUUUAUCUGGAAAAAAGAUAAUGGACAGUACUGUGAAUUAUAUAAACAGUUUAUAGAAAUGUUUUUUCAGAAGAAAGAUGUAAGUCAUGAAGUAUCUUUAAUGAAUUUAUACUUGGAAAGGAAUCUAAACAAUUUACGGUUUGGAAUUCAACUGCAUUUUGUAGUUUCUGAUUUCUACUUCUGUAGUGACUCUCAAAUGUUAACAUUAUUUGAAGUGCUAUCAUUCUAGAAAAUAUAACACACCAAUAAGAGCUACAAGAAAAAGGCAAGGCACCUAGCAUAUCCUGUUUCAUUAGAACUAAAGCAAUUCCAGUAUCUUUGCAUGGCUGGCACACACUGAAGGCAAGAGACAAGAAUCUCCCUGAAGAUUCUUCAACAGCCCAGAAAUACUGAUGACAACA